GUGAGGAUUGCUCGUGUUCCAUAUUAGAAAUGCGUACAAGAAAAAUAUCUCGGCCGCAUUCUGACCUUAUAGAUAUAAUAAAUAAAGUGGCUGAAAUAUCCAACCUCAGUAAUAUUAAAUACGUUAUUGAAAUGGGCCACGAUAAUGUUGACGGAUUUGUCGGUGGAGCUCAUAAGGUCAAGAUAAAAGGAACUAGAGAUAAAUUAAAAAUAACAAAAAGUGUUAUUAUAAAAUGGCAUCCGAAUCCAGUUGAUCGAGCAUGUUUUCGUGAAGCUUGUCUCAGAGAAAUCUCGUAUUACAAAUAUAUUGUACCGAAUUUAUUGGAUAUUCAAAGGAAAUACAAUAUAAUAGAAGGCUUAAGAAUGAAAUUUUCAAAUUGCAUAUUCACAUCAACUGAAUACAACAAGGAGAGCAUCACAAUACAGAUUGAUAUGAGAAAAACAAACCAGUGGAUUCAUUACUCGUAGACUUUCAGUUAGUUCGUUACGCGUCACCAGUUACUGAUUUAUCCUAUUUCUUCUACAUGUCCGCUGACAGACAUUUUCUUCACCAAUAUUACGAUCAACUGAUUAAUAUUUAUUACGGAACUCUAUCUGCAGUGAUAAGACAAUGCGAUUUGAACAUAGAAGAAAUUUAUCCGAAAGAUAUAUUUUAUAAACAUUUAAGAGAAUAUUCCGUUUAUGGUUUGAUAGAAGCAUUAAUAUCAAUGAAAAUAAUAACAGCACAACCCGAGGAAGCGGCCAAAAUGGUGGAUAUGAAAUACAAUCAUCCUAAUAUUCUGUGCCAGUACGAGUCGAAGAAUAGAACUCUCUACAUAGAUAGAGUUAACAGUGUGGUUGAUCAUUUCUUCCAAAAAAAAUAUUCUUUAAACAA